UGGAUAAUCUCCGGUGAAGAUGUAGGGAUUUUUGUUUUAUGGUUUUCUAGAUCCGUACGACAUAUUUGCCGAGCGACCAAAACGCUUGUUUGGGGAGAAUGCCUUAGAUCCCUCGGUUUGCCCGUAAUUGAAUAUGAAAUUGUUUAAAAGAGAGUUUAUUAGGAUAGCGUUUAAAAAGCUAUAUGAACAAUUCUUAUAUGAGAACCAUUGGAUUUCCCAUGCAAUUGUUUUGGUCAAGGUCCCCCCCCCCCACCUUGCUUAAAUAGAGGCUCACUUUCUAAACAAUAUUUGGAUGAUUUCUCAUUAAAUGCCUGAAUUAUGACCCAGACAGGCAACUACAAUGUGUUGAUUUUUUUUAUCCAAUGUUCUGUUUAAGAAUUUAAAAAGUGAAUGUAGAUUGGAGGUGAAAAAAAAGUUGAAGUAGUUCACAGUUCUUAUCAAUCUAAUAAAUAUUGUUAAAUGCUAAUUAGGAGGCUUUUGAAAAUUUUUAUAUUAGUAGUUUUCUCACCAUAUGUUCCCUUUCCCAAAAGUGUCAUAUGUAGACAUGACAGGGAAUUAAGUCCAUUUAGAGUUUUAUUUUUGUGUUUGUUCAUGUGUUAAGGAGGCAGAACUGUUGAAUUUCUUAAGAUGACUUUAGUGCAUAUCUCUCAAACCUAUAAUAGGUGUGUAGGCUGUUGGUUGCAAAGCAGUGUUGCAUAUUCACACUUAUAUUGUGUAGUUAUUGAUUGAGCCUUAAAAUGUAGCAAGUUGGAAUGUUGUAUUGGAAAGUAUUAAAGUAUUGAAUUAUCAGUAAAAUCAUUACUGAAUUUCCAGUAUUUAAAUUCCUUUUGAUCUGUGAUAUAAUCUGAUAGGGUUUCUCAAAUAAACACAAUUUGAGUUUAAAUACCUGUUUAUGCUAAUGAGGAAGUUAACCUGAAAUUACAGUACAAGUAUUUGUUAAUUAAUACUUAUUCAGGGUGAGAUCACUUAUGCAUAACUGAAUUUUAUGUUGUUUACUUGCAAGUUUGACUACUUGGUAUAAGACAAGCUGCUGUGGGUUGUCAGAUCUGGGCUGUGACAAAUCUGAGAAACUCUUUACUCCCCUCUGGUGGCCAUCCAGAGAUUUUCAAUCCAGAUAUAAUAAUCCUAAUUUCAUGGCAGCUAAAACUGGUAAACACAAGGUUCUUGGGUUUCUGUGCAAUAAAUAAUUUCCAACUGGUAUUUGAUGCAUUUUCUUUUCCCAUGCUUUUUAUUUCUUUUUGUUGGUUUGUUUUUCAGGGUCUGCCCUCUUUUUUAGUCUUAAAAUGUCGCAUAAUUCUUUAUUGCAUCUUUAAUUAAUAGGAUUAAAAUAGGUCUUUGGUGGCAUAAUGGAGAAUGUUUAAUAGGAUUUCUGUUUAAUCCUGUUUUUGUGUGUAUGUCAAACAAAUAUGAUCCAUGUGUGGAAAUCUUAUUUAUGCCCUGCAGAUUACUAGUGGGCAUUACCAAACUACAAUAACUGAAAGCUUGUUGUAUAAUUAGGUGUUCAUGUAUUUGAAGAUGUUCAAGUUAUUGUUAGGAAAUCAUGUACCAUCUUUUUGAGAUUCAUUAAGCUAUUAUGGUAAAUACAUGUGUGUCUGUGUUUUCCAGGACUACGUCUCCAAAAUAUUAAUGCUGGGGAUUAUUGUGAUGGUGAGGGGCUCAGAUAAUUAUAUACCAACAGAAAUCUGUAUUCUGUGUUGUUGUACAAAAGAAACAGUCAACACUGAAUAUACCGGUUUUUAAAUAGGUGUAGCUCAUAUUGUAGUUAUAUGACUGCUGAAGUUUAAAACGAUUAAACGCUUGAGGCCAAACAUUUCAAAGGAGGAGGAGGAGCAGGAACAGUACUAUAGAUAUUUAUAAAUUUAUAGAAAAAAAUAAUGGCAGUGGUAUUUUUACUAGGAUGAGAUAUACCUACCUGAAAAAGUUGCAUUUUAAUCCAAUAUACAGUGGAACCUCGGGUGCCAAUCGUAAUCCAUUCCAGGACUUUGGUCGGCACCCAGUUUGAUCAUGACCAGAAGCAAGACAAACUGUGCAUGCGUGCACACACAAAAAAUGGCUCGGAAGAGAAAAUUGCUACAGCAGGGAAAAUUGCCGCGACUGUGUUUAUUCGGCACCUGAGGAUAUGUUCAUGAUGUGAAUGAAGCAUUUAGCAGAUUUUUCAGUUGGCACCCGAAUUGUUUGUCAUCUGAGCCGUUCGGGACCCGAGAUCCCACUGUAAUGGAUUUUUUAAAAUAUUCCAUAUAAUUAGAGCUUCUUUUAGAGUUCAGCAAGAUGAAUGAAUUUGGAAUUAAAAACAUGGAUCAAGUAGCACCUGUUUGUAAUGUAUAUAGAGAAUUGUUCAAGCGCCAAACUGCAUUUGAUAGCUUUGAAGGUGCUUUGUUUACUGGAUUCUAUCCACCACUAAAUGAAGAUCAGACUCUUCAGGAAGUGCCAACCGGCCUUGAUUCUAUUUCUUUUGAAUCAAGCUCUUCUGAAUUGCCACUCUUAACUCCAUGUAGUAAGGCUGUGAUGAGUCAGGCCUUAAACGCAACUUUCAGUGGCUUCACAAAAGAACAGCACAGAUUAGGCAUUCCAAACAAUCCCUGGCUUUGGACACAACAUCAUGUAUGUCAGUGGCUUCUCUGGGCUACCAAUGAAUUUAGUUUAGUGAAUGUGAACUUUGAGAAGUUUGCUAUGAAUGGCCAAGACUUAUGCAAUCUGGGAAAGGAACAUUUUUUGGAACUAGCACCUGAUUAUGUGGGUGACAUACUGUGGGAACAUUUGGAUCAGAUGAUAAAAGACAAUGAAGAGAAGCCACAAGAUCAAUACAUGGAAAAUUCUCACCUUACUUCAUCUCCACAUUGGGUCAACAACAAUUCUUUAGGCAUUAAUGUUGAACAAGUGCAGUAUUGCACUCAAGUACCCAGCUAUCCAAAAACUCCAAGUUUCCAAAAAGCCAGAGUUCUGGGAGAUGUAUGUCAGACAACAAUUGGGCCAAAUCUUGUUAAUCUAAAACAAGAAUUUCAGAUGUUUCCUAAAGCACAAUUAGAGACUGUCAAUGUGAACUACUGUUCAAUGCAUCAAGAUUUCUCAAGAAAUAAUCUGAACUUGGUGUUGGAUAAUACAAGUAAACCUAGAGAGCAUGAUUCAAAUGACAGUGGCACAGAAAGUUACGAAGGCUCAGAUUCAUUGCUACAGUCUUGGAAUAGUCAGUCCUCCUUAGUAGAUGUUCAACGGGUUCCAUCUUAUGACAGCUUUGAAGAUGAUUGCAGCCAGUCCUUGUGUCUGAACAAACCCACAAUGUCCUUUAAAGACUAUAUUCAAGAAAGGAGUGACCCUGUAGAGCAAGGGAAACCAGUUAUUCCGGCAGCAAUACUAGCAGGAUUCACAGGUAGUGGACCCAUACAGCUGUGGCAAUUUCUUCUAGAACUUCUGACUGACAAAUCUUGUCAGGCAUUCAUUAGCUGGACUGGAGAUGGUUGGGAGUUUAAACUUGCAGACCCAGAUGAGGUUGCAAGAAGAUGGGGCAGAAGAAAAAACAAGCCCAAAAUGAACUAUGAGAAGUUGAGCCGUGGCCUGCGUUAUUAUUAUGAUAAGAACAUUAUUCACAAAACUUCAGGCAAACGUUAUGUGUACCGUUUUGUAUGUGAUCUACAAAAUCUGUUGGGAUAUACAGCAGAGGAACUCCAUGCAAUGCUAGGCGUGCAGCCAGAUACUGAAGACUGAGCACUGCAGUCCUGCAAGCUUUGGAUGCUAAAACGCAUGAAUCUGUGAAUUGAAACCUCCUGCAUCAGUCAUUGGAUUUAUCUUCUGACUGUUUGGAGUAGAACACUGUUGAACUCCUAAAAGAAGUGUUUUCAUAAUCGGGGGAAGAAGUGGAUUCAGUUUCAGGCAGAAAAAGAACUUAUGUAUCCAGUCUUUUCAGCAAUCCUUCCAGAGGUCAACUCAGCUCCUGACUAAACCUGAAGAUAGCAAAAUGCUCUGGGGCUCAGGGUUCAAUUAUGUCAACUUCUGUAUAAGUGAGGGUGACACCCAGACUAAACCUAUUGGAAUUUCAAGUAUUAAACCUCUUCCCAUUUUACUGUUAACAACCUUGCAGACAUUACAUAUCAUCAUUUGUUUUACUGAGGGAGAAAAGGCUAGGUAUCUUUUAUUUAAUAUAUGUGCCAUAUAAAUUUACAAAGGGCAUUCUUUUAGAGUUGUGUAUGUUUCUUCAUACACAUCUUGGAACCAGAAGGAGCAAUGGCAGAGAUUCCGUACAAGGACAGAAAAAAUAUACCAUUUCAAAAAAAUCUGUAUAUUUAUGUUUGGUGUGUACGCUUCAGCAUGUUCAUAUGUUUCUCUGGCAGUGAAAAGCUCCUAUUUAAUAAAUAUUGUAUAUUGUAAUUUAAAAUCAUGUAAACAUCUGAAGUGGAAGAAUGUGUUUCCAUUCAAAAAAGCAGCUUUUAUAGUAUCUUGGAAGAUUUUAAUUUUUCAAGGGACUUUAUAUAAAAUAAGCAAAUGCCAAGUGCCCUGUCACAGAAGACUGUUUAAGGCUGACAAACACCGGAACUUUUAUGGCAAGAAGCUAAUUGUUCAGUCUGGGUUAUAAAGUCUCAUUUCAGUGAUGCUGUAACUAAAAA